AUGGCCGAUCACCCUGUUCUUAUCAUCGGGGCGGGUAUCAGUGGUCUUGUCUUGGCCCAGUAUCUCCAGCGACAUGAUGUUCCAUUUAGGAUCUUCGAUCGGGACUCCGCGAUCGACGCCCGCAGUGGUGGAUGGGGAUUGACACUGCACUGGUCACUUCCUGCCUUGCGCGAACUGUUACCGGAGCAUUUGGUUGAGCGAUUCCCAGAGACCUUUGUUAACAAAAAGGCCUCUGCUCGUGGGGACACUGGUCGUUUCCAAUUUUUCGAUCUCGAGUCUGGAGCUUCUUUGUAUGAUGUACCCGCAGCUGAGCGUAUUCGGGUCAGUCGUGUUCGUUUACGCCAGCUAUUGACAACUGGUAUCGAUGUUGAGUGGAAUAAAAAUCUACAAAACAUCGAAUCCUCCGCAGAUACAAUCACAGCUCAGUUCGGCGAUGGCGCUUCGUGCGUUGGACGACUACUCGUUGCCUGCGAUGGCUCAAGAUCACGUACGCGUGAGAUUCUGUAUCCUGAAAUGAAGAUGAACCCAUUGCCUGUGCAAAUCCUCGGUGCAUCAACACUCUACACUGCAGAACAGCUGGGUGGCGCCGAAUCUAUCGAUCCCUACAUUUUCCAAGGCUCGCAUCCUGUCUCAGAUGUGUUUCUCUUUUUCAGCUUUUUGGAUACCCCUGGCAACUUCGAGACCAGUAGCAAGGACCACUAUCACUGUCAGGUGAUCGUCUCCUAUGCGGAUUCAAAGCAGAUAGCAGUUCCAGGCGAUAAUAUAGGGCGCAUUGCACUGAUGAAAAGUCUGACUGAGAGCUGGUCUGAACCGUUCCGGUCGCUGGUUCAUAAUCUUCCAGAUGACGUAGAAGUGCGCCCCCUCCGAAUUGAGGACUGGAUAUUUGAACCAGGACGAGUGUAUGCUCAUCCUCGGGCAGUUUUGAUGGGUGAUUCAGCACAUACCAUGACAAUGUACCGCGGAGAAGGCGCCAACAAUGCGAUCGUUGAUGUUUUGGAUCUCGUUAAGCAUGUUGACAUGAGACAGACAAGGUGA